UCUAUUAGAGGGGAGGGGGCUUUUAAUUAAAGAAAACCCAAAAUGUCCAAAUUACAAAAUGCCACAAUUACAAAACGUCCAAAAUAUUCAAAAAUGUAAACCCACUCAUUUUUCCAUUCUUUUCAGAACUCCAGUACUAUUCUCCACACCACCAUUACCACAACAAACAUUAACAAACAAUGUUACCCUAACCAAUUUAAUUAAUCCGUUAAUCAUUCAACAACAAACAAUUAUUCCUUCACAAGAAUUGUCUACUUCUUCAAGUAAUUUGAAUAAUUCUUCAAAUAAUCCAUUUUGUAUAAAUUCAAUACUUUCAUUAUUUAAUCAAGUUUCCCAACAACAACAAUGA